GCUGCGAUCCUCGGCCAGCGAUUUCUCUGUGUCCAAGCGCCAGACGUGAUCCAGCAACUUGACCCGCAUUGCUUGGAGACGGUCUUCCGCUGCGAAGCCUGGCUCGCGGACUGCCUGGGCACCUCAGAGACCAACAAGGACUUGCUGCGCUCCAUCCGAAGCUAUGAACCUGAGCGGAUGAGUCUCGGAAUGGUCAACGAUGUCCAGGACUGCUGGCCCGACUGCCCAGCAGACGUCUCCGCGAGAACAUGGGCGGAGAUGGACACAGGUCUCAGCUACAAUGCACGUUGCCACCCACACCAAUCUCGCGUGGGCUGUUGCUGCAACGAUUUCAACAUCAUCGAAGAGCACCGAGCGGCACAAAGGGCUGACAUGUAUCU